AUGCUUGCUACACAAUGCCGUGUGGGCAUUCACAACCUCCUCAAUCCGUCCAUGUCUCCUCCUCGCGCCCCCGCUCGCCUCGUCCCUCCAGCCAACUUCUUCCGCAUCAGGAGCGCGCUGGCGUAUGGCUCGCGCAAGCUGAACGCGGCGCUGAACGGACCAGAGGAGCUGGUGGCUCUGGAGGUGGACCGCUUCUUCCGCAACACGUGGGUCCGCAACGCCUCUGGCUCCCGCCCAGACGGCUCCAACCACGAGUUUGUACUCCAGCACAUGCCCCGCCGCUUGCCGCUCUUUGCUCAACCUAUGCCCCCCCCGGUGCAAGCCGGAGGCGUGGCGCCCGCAGCUGCAGGCGCGGCAGCAGGUGCAGGAGUAGGGGCAGGAGCAGGAGCAGGGGCAGGGACUGGUGUUUAUGCUGUUAGGCCGGUCGUGGGUGUUGGUGGGGGGUACCGGGGGCAAGUGAACGCAGCAGCGGCUCAUGAGAACAAGCCUCCGGGGGAGGGGGAUGUUAUGCGGGCGCCAUACUCCCAUGGGGGGCAGCAUGGCGUGGUGAUGAACGGAAACAUGGCCGGGCAUGUUCCUGGGAACGUGGCUGGAAACAUGGGUGGGAAUAUGGGUGGGAACAUGGGGAGGCGGCAGCAGGUGCAGGCGUCGGAUGGGCCCCACCGGGUGCCAUAUGGGGGAGGUCAUACCUGGAUCCCUGCUCCUCUUUUCCCUGUGCCUGCUAAUGUGGCGCAUGUUCCCGGUGCAAGGGCUUCCCCUCCCAUGGCUGGUGGUCCGAGACACGUGCAGCUGGCCCAGCAGCAGCAACAGCAGCAGCAACACCAUCAGGCUCAGCAGCAACAGCAACAGCACCACCACCAACAGUCGCAGCAGCAACAGCAGCAGCGGCAAUACCUACAGGCACACCAUCCGCAGCAACAGCAGUCGCAACAGCAGCAGCAGCAGCAGGCGCAACAGCAGCAGCAGCAGUUGCAGCAGCAGGCGCAACAACAGCAGCCACAGCAACCACAGGGACAUACAAAGAGAGCAGAGGCAGUCAACGGAGUGUAUCCUGUCCCACCAGUGCGGCCCACUCCUGACCUAGCAGCAACCCUUCACAGAACAGUACAGGUGGAUGAUCAUGCUGUGCAGGCAGGCACACACGAAGCCACUGUGAGACCGUCUGAGAAUAGUGUCCGUCCCUUGGAGCAGGCCGUUCGUGCUGCUGACAGUAAAGCUUCUGUGGAGCAAGACGCGUUGGUGAGUGAGCUUGUGGAGAGGAAGAAGGCGGGAAGUGUGGUUGCACGCCCAAGGGAGGAGCAACGAAGCGGGAGUGAACGGAGUGGAGGAAACGAGAGGAACGAAGCGAGUGAAAGGAAUGAAAGAAUUGAAGGGAGUGAAAGCCAGGGCGCACAGCAGGGCGCACAGGGAGGGUUGGACGGAGCAGGGAGUGCAGGACCUGCUGUCCCUGGUCUCGUGCCCGUGCGAUCGGGAGGGUUGGAAGGGGAGGGACCGUACAGGGGGUUGUUUGGUGUGAAUGACAGUGCGUCUAACACAGAUGGCUCCGGGGUUUCAGACGCAGCAGCAGGUGCUGCCGCUGCUGCUGCUGCUGCUGCUGCUGCUGGUGGUGCUGCUGCUGGUAGCGGUGGUGAUGGUGGUAGGGGAGACUCAGGUGCUGCACCUGCUGCUGUGCCACCUCCUAUGUUGUGGCAAAGGAUGGACCAGCUGCAACAGGCGUCAGGCUCGAAGCUGCAGGAGCUAAGGCAAGCACCGGGAGAGAUGAUCGGAUCAGCAGCAGGAGCAGCAGAGGGAGUGCAGGCCCCAUUACCCGAGGGCGUCAAGUCAGUCACACCGCCUCCAGGCCAUGUCCCGUUCAUUCCUCUCAUCCGGCCAGCCUCUGGCGCCCCUCCCUUCGCCCAAAUCCCCGGCAUGGCCCCGUUCCUCCCGCAAAUCCCCAUCAGAGCGCUGCAUCUCGCGCCCCCUUGGAUGUUCCCCCCGCAUGCCCAUGCGCCCAUGCAAGCCCAGGGCGCUGGCGUGGCAGCAGGUGAUUGGUCGGAUGGGCUGACCAGGGCGGGUUCGCCUAUGGCUGGUAACACUCUGGGUCUAUCUGGGUCUGCAGCGGUGGGGGCGAGUGCGGAUGGGGAUGGGAGGGAGGAGGUGGAGAAAACAGGAGCUGGGCUCGUGGCAGGACUGGGGGCAGGACUGGGGGCAGGAGCCGGGGCAGGUCCCAGGGCAGCAGCAGGGGCGCCCGUGGUGUUUGUAGGAGAGGGAAAGGCAGGUGUUGCCACUAGCAGCAGCAGUGGUGAUGAUGCCAGUGGGUGGAGUGGUGGUGGGAUUUCCGGGCCACAGCUUACCCCGUUGACCCCGUUGACCUCCACUGGGUCCUCAGGGGUUCCAGGGGUUCAAGGGGGAGGUCCUGGUGCUAACCCAGGGGGCGUAUUCCCUCUCCACCCCUUCUCCCGCCCGUUAGGCCCCCAAGCUGUGCUGCUGUCUCAUCUAGGCGGUCCGCCUGGUGUCUUUCCCUCGUACGUCCUGGCUAAUGCUCCCGUCACGCAAGCAGGUGCACCUGGCGCACAGGGCGUAGGGCAGGCUGCAGGAGGCAGUGAGGGAGGCAAGGCGGUGCAGGUGCUGCCCAACCCGCAGCUGCUGCAGCCAAGCACGUUCCCUCCUGGGGCGAUACCAGGGGGAAUCUCAGGUGGGCUCUCAGGUGGGCCGUACUCCUUCAUGCUCAUGUAUGCCCCCCAACCUGGCAUGCUCCCAGGCGGCAGUGUGCCAGGUGUAGGGGCGGCAGGGGCGGCAGGGGCAUGCAGUGGAGGAGGAGGGUUGGGAGUAGCAGGGGUGGGAGGAGGGGCUGAAGGAGGAGAGGGAGGGACGGGAAGAGUAGCUGGUGGAGAGGGAGGAGGGCUAGGAGGGAAGGAGGAGGGGAUGCUGAGCACGGGUGAAGUGAGUGUGGAGAGCAGAGAGGGGUGCGAGGCAGGUGGUCCUGCCGUUGCUGCUGCUGCUGCUGCUGCUGCUGCUGCUGCUGCUGCUGCUGCUGCUGCUGCUACUGUCCCUGCUGCUGUUACUCCCGCCACUGUAACAGCUGCUGCCGCUGUGGCUGCAGCUGGUGGUGGUGGUGGUGGUGGUGUGAAGGCAGGUGGGGUGGACAAGAGCAAGAUCCUGCAGGCUCUGGCGGAUGGCAGCGGUGGUGGGGAGUUCCGCAUGCUUAGAGUUGCCAUGCGUGCACGGUCCACUUCCGUGGCCACAAGAGACCCAUCGUCUUCCACUGCCAGUGCUCCACGCGUGGUGCGAGGCAGGGGCGGCAGCGGCGGGGGGAGUGAGGGCGUGUUAGCAGAGCCUCGCAGGGGGGCCAGUGGAGUGGGGGGCGAAGGUGGGGUAGCAGAGCCACGGGCUGAUGCUGCUGGGGAGUCUGCGUCUUGGGGCAGUGGGGAGGGUUCUCAAUGGGGCCAUGGCACCACUGCUGGUGCAGUGAGAGGGGAGGCGCGGCAUUCAGGUGGAGGGAAGCAGCAGCGAGGGGGCACAAGAGGGGAGGAUGGCCGAGGUGAGGGGAGUGGAAGGGGAGAGGUCAGCGGAAGAGGAGAAGGGAGUGGGAGAGAAGGGGGUGGAAGGGAAGGCAGUGGAAGAGGAGGAGAGAGAGGCGGGCAGCGUAGGGGAGAGGCUCAGGAUAUGGGAGAACAGGCAGAACAGCCUUCCUCAAAACUCCAACAACAGCAGCAGCCAGCAGCACUCAAGGGAGCAUUAGGGGUGCCCCAACUGCAGCAGGGUCAGGUUUUGGCAAAGCCGAAGCAGAGUCUUGGCGCACCUCCCAUGGCACAGCAGGGCGCCGAGCCUGUGGCGCUGGAUCGGCGAGUGCCCGAAGCAGAUGAUGAGCCACUAGCCUUGGCAGAGACGGUGACCAUCAGUUGGAGGUCGUCUUUACGACCAGGAGAAGACAGGCAGGCGGCAGGGAAAAGGGGACCAAGAACUCCCCAGCAGCAGAUGCAGUCCACGGGGUGGGGAGAAGCAGAAGCGGCUGGUGAGGGUGGGGGUAGUGCGUUUGUGAGCAGUGCAUUCCAGAAGGAGGAAGGAGGCUUGCCUGAGGCAGGGCGCAGCAACAGCCCGCAUUCCUUACUGCAGCAGCAACCUCAGCCGCCGACGCUGUCGCAGCAGCAGCAACCCAGAACUCCUCGCAGCAGCAGCCCUGCAGCUGCAGCGUCAUCUUCAGUAGCAGCAGGUGCAGCAGGAGCAGCAGGGGGGGAGGUGGCAUCUAGGGAAGGCACAGCUCGAGAGGGUCCACAGCGAGUGCGCAGCCUGGGAGGGGCGUCCCGAUCAGAGGACAGGUUCUACAGCGCUCACCGAGGGGGCCUUGGUAACCGCAAGGGCCUGGGCUUGACAGGAACUGCUGCUGGUAGUGCUGCUGGUGCUGCUGGUUCUGCUGCUGGUUCUGCUGCCGGUGGUUCUGGUGGUGGUGGUGGUGGUGGUGUGGCUGGUGGCAGUGACGGGGGCUCGGAUGGGCUGGGGAGUUCCGGAGGGUCUGUGGCACUUGGCGCACCAGCAGCAGGGCCAGGAGUUUCUUCAGGUAGCUCAGGUGCCUCUGGUGGCUCAGGGCCUAAGAGUAGUUCCAGUGGAGGCAGCUCAGUGGUGAGUGCCAGGGAGAGAGGAGGGGUCAGUACUGGGGGGAAGGGGGAGAGUAGGAGCAGCACUGGCAAGGGUGCUGCUGGUGCUGCAGGCACUGCUGGUUCUGCAGGCUCUGCUUCAUCCCCUGCAGCAGGGAUGGUGCCACCGUCGCUGCGGUUGAUGUCACCGAGGGCAGGUGGGAAGGGGAGUGCAGGCGUAGGGGCGGGUCGGAGUGGGCAGAGUGGGAGCGGAAGUGGCUCCCCGGUGUUGAACUCUCCCAAAGCAGGGAAAAGAAUAAGGGACUUGGUGCUGGUGGAGCAGCAGGUGCUGCACUUCUCCCCGGCCUUCAGCAUGUUGCUUUCCCUCCCUCUCUCUUCCCCCUGCGGCCACUCACUCUUGUGCUCUCGUCCGCCCAGGGACUUCGCGCUGGUGGAGCAGCAGGUGCUGCACUUCUCCCCGGCCUUCAACGUCAUCACGGGCGACAGUGGGUCGGGCAAGUCAAUCAUCGUACAGGCUAUAGGGCAGGUACUGGGAGCAGCAGCAUCAGAGGACUCUGUACGCCCCCCUGCCCUCUCCUCCUCUCUCUCCGCACAUCUCUCCCUCUCCUCCUCCGCCUCUCACUCCCUCCUGCAAUUCCUCAGGCAGGAAGGUAGGCUAGAUGUGGUGAAGGCCGUUACUGGGGGAGGUGGUUUAGCUGAUGGUGCAGGUGAUAAAAACGGAUGGCAGGAGGAGCGUGGUUCAGGGGUGGGCAGUGCUGGUGGUGUGAGAAUGAAGGUGGUUCUAGAGAGGGAGAUUUUCCGCUCUGUUGCUGCUGAUGCCCUGGUGGAUUUGAAUGGGCAGAACGCCCAGGGGGCGCUGAGGAGCGAGGGCGCUCAGCUGAUGCUGCUGGAUAGAUUUGCAGAGCGGUGGGGGGAUGGGGAAGGGAUGGGGAAGGGUGUGGCUGAGGGUGAAGAUGUGGGAGUGAGGUUAGGUGAGGGUGAAGAGGUGAAGAGAAGAGGGAUGGGGAUGCAUGGCGAGAUGGAGGAGGAGGAAGAGGAGGAGGAGCGAAGGGAAGGGGAGGAGGAAGAUCGGAGAGGAGAGGAGGGUGGGGAGGAGAGGGUGGAGGUGGGAGAGCUGCUGGCGAGGGCGCGGGAGGUGUGGGAGGAGCAGAAGAGGAUUCAGGAGGCAGGGGGGGAGCAAGCGUUGAUGGUGCUGCAGGAACUGGUUGAGGACGUGGAGAGACUGGGCCUGAAGGAAGGGGAAGUAGAGGCGAUUAGAGAGGAAAUAAAGGAGCACGAGCGGGCAGGCAGGGCAGCUGAGAGCUGUAGUCGCGCCCACGGGAUGCUGGAGGGAUCCGGAGCGUUAGGCGUGCUGCAUGGGUUGAGUAAGGCUGUGGAGGAGUUGAGAGAGGUGGAGGAAGAGGAGCAGGAGCAGGAAGAGCAGGAGGAGGAGGAGGUUGAGGGGGUGGGGAAUGGGAGGACGGGGAGGAGGGGAGGGAGGGGGGGUGCUGGGGGGUUUGUGCAGAGAGGGAGGUUGGAGGAUGUGUCUGCCGCUUUGGAGCUUCUGGGGGAAGCCAAGAUGCUUGUGAACAGAGCGGUGAGUGGUGAGAGCAGAGCGGUGAGUGGUGAGAGCAGAGCGGUGAGUGGUGAGAACUGGUGA